AGAAGAAAAACCUAAUUUGGACAAGAGAAAAUAAGCAAAAUCAUAAAUCUUUUUAUUGAAAAAAUUGAGAUAAAGGAUUAGAACGGAGAAGAAAAAUAGUGUUGAAAUUUUGUUGAUGUAGGGAAACUGGAAAAUCGAGAGAAUUGUUGAUGAUCUAUAUAAUUCAGCCGCCCACUUUCCAUCUUCAUCAGAUUUCUCUCGUGUCGUUGCCUUCAACAAGCUGCUCUCGUUUUUCUCUUUAACCGCUGUCACUUUCCCGGGAAAAAAAAAACGAGAAAAAGGGCAGAGAAAGUUGAAGAAAUCCAAGGGUUUUAGAUAACGAAAGUCUCCUCCGUUGGUUGAAGAUGACUCAAUCCGGAAAGUUGAUGCCGAAUCUCGAUCAGCAGAGCACCAAAAUGCUUAAUCUUACUGUUUUGCAGAGAAUAGAUCCUUUCAUUGAAGAGAUUUUAAUCACCGCUGCCCAUGUGACAUUCUACGAGUUUAAUAUCGAAACCAAUCAAUGGAGUCGCAAGGAUGUAGAAGGAUCUCUUUUCGUAGUGAAGAGAAAUGCUCAACCUCGCUUCCAAUUCAUUGUGAUGAACCGACGGAACACAGAUAAUCUAGUGGAGAAUCUUCUUGGGGAUUUUGAAUAUGAAGUGCAAGCUCCUUAUUUGUUGUACCGGAAUGCUGCUCAAGAAGUUAAUGGCAUUUGGUUUUACAAUCCACGGGAAUGCGAGGAUGUCGCAAACCUCUUCAGCAGGAUACUUAAUGCAUUCUCGAAGGUUCCUUUAAAGUCCAAAGUUUCUUCAAGCAAGGGUGAUUUUGAGGAGCUUGAGGCAGUGCCAACAAUGUCAGUGAUUGAAGGUCCAUUGGAGCCCUCGGCACCGCCCUCGACUGUCACUGAUCCCCCCGAAGAUCCAUCCUUCGUGAACUUCUUUAGUGCGGCUAUGAAUAUUGGAAGCAAUGCUCCAAAUAUACCGGAUUCAAGGCAGCCAUAUCAUCCUUCUCCUAUUAACCCUCCAUCUUUGCUUGCUCCUAAUCUUGUAUCAGCUCCUGCACUGGCUCCACAGCCAUCUUUUCCUAUUGCAGCUUCAACUACGCUAACCUCUCCUUAUGGACCAUCUGACCCAAACAAUGGCACUAAUCAGGUCACUAAUCUUGUGAAGCCCUCUUCUUUCUUUCCACCACCAUCUUUCUCAUCUGCACCAAUGAGACCCACUUUGCCCUUAUCCAUGCCUAUGCCUACCCUUCAUCCUCCACUUAAUUUACAAAGCCCAUAUGGGACACCAAUGCUCCAGCCAUUUCCACCACCUAAUCCACCGCCUUCACUUACACCUGGUUCUGCUCCUGCUCUCAAUGAUGGGCCUGUUAUUAGCAGGGACAAAGUUCGCGAUGCACUUCUGAUGCUUGUUCAGGAUGAUCAAUUUAUCGAUAAGUUCUACCAAGCGCUGCUGAAGAUGCACCAUUCUUGAGUAACUUCAAGGGCCAAGAGGCGGGUUUCAUUGAGUUCAAAUGUGUGUGAAUUAGAUGUGUACAUAACUCACUCUGAAUUAUGUCUAAAAUUAGUGGUUCCUCCAGUGUAGAGUCUGUUCAGUGUAAAAUUAAAAAGAGUUUCGGAGGUUCUUAAGCUUCCUUUUUUUGAUUUGAGGUAUUGGUGACAGAAACUCAUGGCAUGAUGAUAUGCAAUGCCCUCUUUCAGUUUGGUACUUUUAUGCCACUCCUAAAUUUGGUUCAGGUUUA